AUGGGCGUCACGGGGAACCUACGCAUUGUUCAUUCCUCGCAAAGGCUGCAACGCACCUUCCCUUCAACACCCAUUACCCUCCUCCCUCCCCUUUCCACCCCCCUCGUACCAGCAGCGCAGCCCCGCACAUGCUUGACACCUGCUUCUCCCACACCAAAUUCUGUCACGGGUGAUGCGAGGCUGGGCGGGGCUGUUGGGUGCCUUGUGGCAGUUUUCUUUCUCAAGGGCGAGCAAAAGGAGAAGGAGGUGUGUGGUGAGAGGGACGUGGACUCAUGGUCACUUACAAAUCACUUGCAGGCCACCCUCAGGCCACUCCCAGUUCACUGUCAGCUCUGUCCAGCCAGCAGCGUCCAUCACGCUGCUGCUAUCCGCCUAUCCUGCACGCACCUCCCUGCUCUCUCCCUCUCUCCCCCUCUGGCCACCCUUCCCCGCAAUCACCCACCAGGUGUGCGUAGUCCAGCCAGUAGCAUCCAUCCCUUCGGCACUUACUCUUUCCACUCUCCUGUGCCUUCUCGUGCUCAUGGCUUCAUCCUCCUCCUCCCCAUUCCCCCACCCGCACCACCCCCGUUCCCAGCUAUUCCAGAGCAUCAUGGGGGGUUGCUAUGGCGUUCAAUUCUUUCUUGCCCACGCUCGUUGCUCUUUCUCCCCUAUAUCACCCUCCCCACUCGCUCCCACCUCUUCCAGCGCAUGAGGGAAGGGAGCUACGGCAUGCAACCCGUUCUCCCUCCCUACACCGUCGCACAACCCCUCCAUCACCCCUUCCUCACUUUCUCGUGCUCGUUGCUUCUUCCUCCAUUCAAUUCCCCUUUCCCAUCUUCACGCUUCAUCUAUUUGCUUCUUCGUCCCUCCUCCCCUGCCACACACACCCCCAGCUUGUGCAGCUCAUCGUGGUGGUUCUCCCCGCCAAACCUCCUCCGCGCCCCCCCGGGCUGCCACGGCACUGCCACUCGCUUCCAGUCCCUCGUGCCCUCCUCCCUUGUUGCUGGCGAGGUGGGGGGUGAGGCAGGUGGCGAGCGCAAGGAGUGGAUGGUGGGGAGAGGUGCUAGAAUAUAG